UUUUGUAAGAGAGACGGCAUCGACUGUAUAACGCUAUCCAAUAGAUGCAGGUUUGUAUUCAAGUUAACGUUGUAACUUGCCAGAGAGUAUCUACCACUAAUAGUUUGUGUCUUUGUCGGAUGUAAGGUAAAUUAGACGGACAAAAUCGUUUUAUAAAACAAUUGGAUAAUAGUUUGUAUAGUUUUAGCAAAUUUCAACAGAUCAGCAUGAAAAGGAGGUGUUUGUGACUUUUACAAGCAUUUUCAGGUGAAAUAGAAUAUGCUGCCUAAUAACCCAGAUUAAAGAAGCCACAAAAUGCUGUGUGGAGCAGUGACAAUAGCAAUUGUAAUUUCCGUAACUGUUUUAUUUCCUGGAAGUACAUAUACAAAAUCAGCAAGACACAAUUUAACAUACGAGCUUCAUUAUAAUGUAACGACGAGGGCUACAGAAAUAAUAAUUCAGAAUGAAGAUGUGACACAAGUUUUAGACAAGGAACCUGGAAGUUUAUACAAUGUAACAGACAAUAUGCUAGGAAGAGACAGAAAUGAUCGGACAACCUGGUCAGACGAUGCUGACAAGCUUAAUGAUACAACAAUUGAACCGCUCACUCUCAGUGAUGGGUACAGUGACCCUUAUCUCUAUGGAAACAUGUCACAAUUUUCUGACAUGCAUCAGAACAAUAUCUCAAGCCAAGAAAAUAUGACAACGUCAAAUGACAACGAUACUUUUACAAACGAAACAUCUACUACGCAAGAGACAAAUACACAUGAAAGUAAAACUUUGUUUCCUGGAAAGGUGCAGGAUCAAAGUAAACACAAUAUUCCAUAUCACACAAGUAAUGGUGACGAUCUAGUUCGGACGUUGAUGUUAGAACGGAAGAAGAUACACUUGCAGCAUCAUUUGCAAUUAGUACCAAUGGAGGACAAACCUUUGGAUGCAAUGAUGAUAAAGAACCAACGAUAUAUAAUAAGUGUCUUGAUACCAAUAGGUGUAGGUAUGAUAGGUGCAGCUAUGAUUGUGUGCACUGUAUUGACCCUGCGGAAGGUUGCUAGGAAACGAGCUGUUACCUCCCCACUGGAUGAUGGCGCCGAAGUGGAAAGGCCUAAUACACCAUGUAUUUCUAGCAUUAGUACCGAGACGACAGACAAAGUGUUUCUAUUACUUGGAGACGACGAUAUUUGAAAACUAAAUUGUUUGAUUGGAUCAUAGCCUGGUGCAUAUGUGAAUGGACACAAGUACAUCUUGACGACUUUACAUUGCGUACGGAAACAGUUGUCGGUCUUUUAAUAGUUGGACGAUAUUGCAUAUAUUGCUUUUCAAUGCAUGAUUAUUGCAAUAAUGCAGUAUUUAUAUUUUUGAUACCCAACAGUUGUUUAAAGACAGUGUGGAAUAGUUUAUCGUUAUACAGACUUCAUAUUAUCAGCUAAGACUAAAAGUGUUAAGAGUCGUGUUUUUACAAACACACAAGACUGCAAUGCAUUUCGCUGUUACAUUUCAUUGAUACUGUUCAAUAAAUACCGUGUUUGUUUUA